GUGACAUGAAGCCUGAGGGUUCAGAGUGUUUAAUCUACUGUAAUCAGACUCAAAUAUCAUGCCCAGAGGGAACCUACUUUUCAUCAGGGAUUUGUCUUGAGUGUCCUGCAGGGAAGUUCUGUCCUGGAAAUGUAUCUGCACCCAGAAAAUGCCCCAUUGGCAUGUUUAACCCUUAUACUGGAAAAAGCAGUAUCCAGGACUGCCAGCCCUGUGUCCCAGGUUUGGUUAGCACAGAAGACCGUGUGGAGUGCAAGCUUUGUCCCGCUGGUUUCUCUUGUGACAGCGCAUCAGGCAACCUUACAGCGUGUCUGUCAGGACAGUAUUCUCCAGAGGGACUCACUCAGUGUCUGCCAUGCCCCUUUGGCUUUGUUUGCAUAGAGGGUUUUCAAAUGAAGUGUGGCCUCGGAGAAGAACCAAACUUCAACCAGACAGAGUGUGUUGAGUGUGCUGAAGGCUACUAUUCCACUCUGUGCGGUGCUCAAUGUCAGCUGUGUCCUGCAGGAAGCCACUGUCCGUACAAAAAGAUGUCUGCACCUCUUCCUUGUCCCGUGGGCCAUUAUUCAGACAUUCCGGGCCAGACUGAGUGUAAAAAAUGCAAUGGUUCAUCAGCCUGCAGGAGUACAGUGACUCCGGUCUGGUCAAGGGGACAGUCUCAUCUUGGUCAGAGGUCAAGACAGCUUAUCUCCUGUCCCCCUGGGACAUACCGAGACGGAGAAAGAUCAGACUGUGUUGUGUGUCCUGCAGGGCAUUACUGUGUUGCAAAUAUUGCGAUACAAUGCCCGGAAGGAACUUAUGGACCAAAGGAGGGGCUACAGAGAGAAAGGGACUGUGCUAUUUGUCCUGCAGGUUUUUACUGUUUGGAGGGCACGUCUCGGAGGCCGAGCUCUCAGUUUCUGUGCCCACAAGGGUAUUACUGUGAGGAAGGCACGGGUGUGCCGCACGGGUCACCUUGCCCUGCUGGAACUGCAGGAGGACAACUGGGUCAGACAAGUAGGGCAGCUUGCAAGAGGUGUGCAGAGGGUCGCUUCUGUCCCGCAGGUUCUGCAGGUCCUGGCUUGCUUUGUGCCCGUGGGAGGUACUGUCCAGCAGGCACACUCAGUGAGAUCUUAUGCCCUCAAGGGACCUUCACCCCACAUCAGGGGGCGCUGAGUGUAAAGGACUGUUUAAAGUGUCCACCAGGCUUCUAUUGUCCAGAAGGAACAAGUGACCCAAUGCCUUGUCAACCAGGCACCUUUAACCCUCUGGAGGGGCAGGAUGCGCUGGCAGACUGCAGGCCUUGUUACCCGGGCAAAGCAUGCACACAAGUUGCACUGAAGUUUCCUGAUGUGGAUUGUAUGCCAGGGUUUGUGUGUCCACCAGGUUCUACCCGACCAAAUGACCCAUCCAGCGCUUGCCCUCCUGGUACCCUUAGUAACCGCACAGACCUCACUGACCUCUCCCAGUGCCAGCAGUGUCCUGCACGUUAUGCCUGUCUUCGAGGCACUGGUGGCAUCCAGAGGCCUCUGCUUUUUUGCUUUCCUGGACAUUACUGUCCUGUGGGCACUAUGUUCCCCACUCAGCACAAGUGUCCAGCUGGUACCUGGAGUGACCGCAGUGGACUGGAGUCGGAACGCGAGUGCCAGCCGUGCCCGAGAGGCUGGUACUGUUUAGCAGGAGUGGGCGCUCCCUCUGGGAGAUGCAACUCGGGACACUACUGUCCUGAAGGUACGUUAUAUGGCUCACAGCAUCCAUGCCCUCCAGGCACCUACAGCACAAAGAUUGGUAACGGCAGGAAAGAGGACUGUCAAGUCUGUCCAGAAGGCUAUUACUGUAAGGAGGGUACAUCCAAACCCACUUCCUGUCCACCUGCAACAUUUAGUCGGAUAAAGGGGGGCCGGAGAGCAGAGGAUUGCUCUGUGUGUCCUGCUGGCUACUUCUGUCCUCAUCCGGCCACAAUAAAUCCAAAAGUUUGUGGAACAGGAAGUUAUUCUGAUGAGGGAUCAGUGGAGUGUCAGCCAUGUUUGCCGGGUCACUACUGCAGCAAUGAGACCACCAGUGAAGAGGCCAUGCUCAGAGUAAUGGUCUGCCCCCCAGGUUUCCUCUGCUCACAGGGCCUGGAUCGAGAACCCCAGCGCUCAGCGGUAUUCUGCCCAAUUGGCUUUUACUGUCCCGGUGGAAGCAUUGAUCCUAAUCCUGUUCCGUGCCCCAAAGGAACCUACAGUCGACAGCCAGGACUACGUGACCCUUCAGACUGCACAAACUGUCCCGAGGGCAAAUACUGCUACACAGAGAAUCCCCAUGAAGAGCCCAUUAUUGAACCAGUAUGGCUCCCCUGUAGUUUUUGUUUCAACUGUCUGGUGAUUAUUUAG